AUGGGCUAAUUAAAAUAUUAGUUCUUCCUUCUUUUUUCUUACACUCUGGAGCCAUUUCUCUAACUCUCUCCAAAUUCUGUGUUGUAGCUUGUGUGUGGAAUUAAGGAAACUGUGACUAGGCCAGUUUCACUCAGUUUUGUUUCACUGAGAUUUGUUGUUUGGUUAAUAACUAGGAGGCCUUUGAGCAUGCCUCUCCGCCUGCAGGCCAUGCCUCAUUGUGACUAGUGGCUUAGAACUAGUUCUAAACAGAGGCUGUGGAAACACACACGGAAGACACAGCCUUAAGGUGAUGGAUUUGGUCUUGCAGUUUGGAGCAUUGCUCUCAGGGGCACAGUUCUGCAAGAGAAAUGUCUAAUUCUCUCAAGACCUUGAGCUCCUGUGGGGCGGAUAGCAGAGCUGUCGGUAGUGACUGUCUUGUGAAGGGCACAGGUGGAGAAGAACUGCGGGAUAUGUGUCCUCAGAAGGCGGCCCUGAGCCCUGGUCAGCCUGUCCUUUGGCACUUGGCUACUGCAUUUAAGCAAGAGGUUGCCACAUCUGAGUAAUGGAUGACAGCACCCAUGGAAAGUGAGUCUGAUCAUGUAUCUGUGAGGAUGCGCGUCGAGUUCAUGGAAAAAUGAUGUUUGAGUUUGAAAUAUUUGCACAGAUUUUUCAUAACACAUUUUCACAAUCUUUCUGAAGACUCCUUGUGCAUGGAUUUAAGUUUUUUUUGCCCCCCCCAAAUAAAUACAUCUUUUAGUUCCAUUUUUCAGGAACUUUUUAAAGUCCCUCUCAUUCAAAGCACUCUUCGUAGCAUCUAUCACCAUAAUAGGCAGUUAAUAAGUGUCUGCCAUCAUCAUCAUCGUCAUCAUCAGUUCCUGCCCCUGCCUUCACUUAGUCAAUUCCACUCAUCAUGUAAUCAAAUGCAGCUCUGGGCCCAGUGUGGCCCUCACGGCAUUUUGCCCCUGCCUUGAUUCUAGCACACGUGAUGACUUUGAAUGUGUCCAUCCAGACAAGGGUCCUCGGGAGCAGGACCCCAUAUUACCCAUCUGUGCAUUUUCAGUUGCUUUCCCUGGCACCACCGUAUGAUAGGCACCAAAGGUGUGUGUGGAACAAACAGAUCUGUUUGAGUGAGUUCUGCAUUCUGGCUGAGGGCUGGGAUGCAUUGUUUUUUUAAUAAUCAGAGCAAGUGAUCAUGACAAGGAAGGUUUGGAACAUCCUUCUUUGCCCAGCUCCUGUUCUGGAAAACACAAGUCAUGCAGAAGGAACAUUUCUAACAACAGGCAGUGAAACAGAGAUGCUGUGUGUAAAAGGCUGGAGACUUGUUACCGUAAAGAAGGGAAGCUUGACAAGAUGCGCUGCAGCGAAGCAAUGAGACGGCUAGAAGCAGGUUUUCUGAGGCUUCAGCUUUCCGUCGAGUUGACGUCUCAGAUGGUAAGAGGUCUCCACAGUAAUGAGAUGGAAGACUUUCUCAUUAGGGUCGUUCACAGUGCGGAUAGACAAACAAAACAGAACCCCACUCCCCUUCAUUCAUUUCGGUAGGACAUAGAAGACAAAAUAUUCUUCUUGGAUGACUUUGAAAUCAUCAGCUGAUUAUCAUAAUUUAUAAAUAAAUUUGAUCUUUUCAAGUUCUCUGAUGUAAUUUUGAUAAGAAGGCAACAUUUACAGAGAAUGGGAUAGUGCUAAGUUGGAACGUAAGUGUCUUCAGGGAGAAUUACUCCAGAAGUAAAUGAUUCUUAGCAGCGUAUCUUAGAGGGAAGGACUGCGAGUGUUGCAUCUACUGCAGAAUGCCUAGAUAGAGGAAGUGAGCCUGCUCUACCUCUGUCACCUGGGCCUCCUGGCCUCUGCUCUGCAGCUGAGAGCGUGGGAGGGUGGGAGGAGGGACAGGCACCUCCAUAGGUCCCAUUCAAUGUCUCACUUGUAAAUGGAGAAGGGCGCGGAGAUAGCAGCAAUAAAUUUCCCUGUCUCUCUCCCUGGCAGUGUGUGCAAUGGAUGGGUACACGUGUUGGAGGCACAGAGCUCUUCUUUCUGUGGUGGCCAAGGCCUUGGGGCCAGAGGCCUUGCUUGCCCAAUUCAGUGGGCCCAGGGCCACCCGCAGGCUUGGCAGGGGUGGACGGGAAGGCCGUCCAGGGGCUCGGGUAUACUUCAGGUAUGUAGACAGAGUGGGAUUAACACGUCUCCAUCUUCUCCUGGGGUGGCAGUAAAUCUUUACCACUCUUCUCUCCAAGGGGCUAUAAAAAAGUGCUUGAGGAUUUUCCCCGCUGUCACCGUUCUCUUGGGUGCCCCUCUCCUGGAGGCUGGCACCGCCGGUCACGGUGGGAGCAGCUGCUGAGCAGCACUGCGAGGAGAGGGCUCUGGGUCACAGCCGCUCCUGUGACAGCACGUUUCAUUCCGGAAUCUUCAGUGUGAUUUAUCUUCUAGAAGACUCCUCAGCUUCUCUCCAGUCCCAGUGGGGGAAUUACACAUUCAUACAUGGAUUUCAUCAGCUUGCAUUUGUUAAGAUAAUUUAGUAAAACUCAGAUUCUUUUUCUUUUCCUGCUCUUAACCAGGUUUUUCUAUUUCAUUUCUUUCUCCUCUAUUGUACUGAUUUUUUAACUAACUUCUUUUUUUCUGUGUUUUUUUUUUUAAUUUAAUUUAUUACUUACAACGUAUUUCCUUUUCUUUCUAAAAGUUGUAUUCUUUUAAUCUUUCUACUUUUUAUUUUGAUUUCUAAUCGCUUUUCUCCUUCCAUUUGAGUGUUCAAAGUCACCAAAGUUCCACCAUAGUGUAGAAUUUUAAGUCUUCAGCAGAUAACUGCAAUCAUAACAAACUAGACCUAAACAUCUGCAGUGUGGUGUUGAAAUCAAGUACAACAAGAAAGUUAAUCUGACAAAAAUGAAUGAUGAGCUUAGUAGCUGAGGUAUAUAAUUAAAUAUAAACAAUGGAUGGCUCUUAUAACUGUAACUAGUAUCUUUUCUUAGUAAUCAAAUCCAGGGUUUUGUUUUUUCUUUUAAGUUCCUUAGUAUCCAACAGGCCUCCUGUUGCAUUUCUCUCAGAUUUAAUGCUCUCUCUCUCUCUCCCUUUCCCUCUCCCUCUCUUUCUCUCUGUCACACACACACACAAACACACACACACACACACACUCUUGCCCAAAGACAGAAGUGUCAGAUAAUAUUCUUAGACAACUGUUGAGCACUGUCUGCUUCCCACUGCCUCCUUUUCCACAAGAAACCUUCCAGAAGUUCAUGGGAAGUGCACAGCCUGAAAAAGAAUGCAUGUAUUUCAGAAUAUUUUGUACCAGAAUAAAACUCAUCCUUUAAUUCCACUUUCCAUGAACUUUCUGAAGUCCCCCCAUCGAUCUCUAUCUUUUGUGUCCAAGAUUAUCCAUGCUUGCUUCUUUGUCACCUUCUGGGAUACCCUAAUCACCUGUCCUUUGUCCACAAGGCAUGGUCCCAAGUACACAAGCUAUAGGACACGAGGGUGUGCAUGAUCCUUCUGUAAAAUAUGUCCACGACUCCACCUCUGUGCUUAUAAGACUUCUGCUUCAUGAGUUCCUUUUUGACUUAAUCCUAACCCCGUUGGUUUGGGUUUAAAACUCUAAUUGGGGAAUAAUUCAUUCUUUUUUAAAAAAUUAUUUAUUUAUUUAUUUAAGAGGUAAAGUUACAGACAGAGAGAGGGAGAGACAGAGAGAAAGGUCUUCCAUCGCUGGAUCACUCCCCAAAUGUCCUCAACAGCCGGAGCUGGGCCAGUCCACAGCCAGGAGCCUGGAGCUUCUUUCUGGUCUCCCAAGUGGGUGCAGGGGCCCAAGCACUUGGGACAUCCUCUACUACUUUUCUAGGCCAUAGCAGAGAGCUGGAUCAGAAGAGGAGCAGGGGCCGACACUGUGUCAUAGCCGGUAAAGCCGCCGCCUGCAGUGCCGGCAUCCCAUAUGGGCACCGGCUCAAGUCCCAGCUGCUCCACUUCUCAUCCAGUUCUUUGCUAAGGUGCCUGGGAAAGCAGUAGAGGAUGGCCCAAGUCCUUGGGCCCCUACACCCACAUGGGGGACCUGGAAGAAGCUCCUGGCUCCUGACUUCGGAUCAGCCCAGCUCUGGCCGUUAUGGCCAAUUGGGGAGUGAACCAGCAGAUGGAGGAUAUCUCUCUCUCUCUUUCUCUCUCUCUUUCUCUCUCUCUCUCUCUCUCUCUCUCUCUGCCUCUCUUUCUCUCUCUGUGUAACUCUGACUUUCAAAUAAAUGAAAUAAAUCUUUAAAAAAAAGAAGAAGAAAAGGAGCAGCCCGGACUAGAACUGGCACUCACAUGGGAUGCUGGCACCACAGGCAGAGGCUUAGCCCACCAUGCCACAGCACUGGCCCCAGAAUAAUUAAUUCUAAAACGAGGUUUAAAUUCCUGUAUCCUGAGGCAAGCAUUUGACCUACUAGUUAUGAUGCCUUCUGUGCCAUGUCAGAGGGCCUGGGUUCCAUACCCGACUCCAGCUCCUGGCUCCAGCUUUUUGUCAGUGCAGACCCUGGGAGGCAGCAGUGAUGAUUCACAUAGUUGAGUUCCUGCCUCCUACAUAGAGACCUGAACUGAGUUCCUGGUUCCUGCCUUUUUAGCCCAUCUUAGCCCUAGAUGUUGAGGAGUGAACUCAUUCUCCCUCUGUCUCUCUGUCUCUCUGCCUCUUAAAAAAAUACUUUCAUACCCCCACCAUGGCAUUGGGGUGUGUCCCAAACAGAGGCUGGACCCCAUAGCCCUGGAACUAAUGCUCUGAAGACCCAGCAAAACAAAAUAUUUAUUAACAGGAUGUACAAAAGGCUGGCGUGGGUUGCAGAAAAGCCUGGCUAUCCCUAUUUUGAUUGCAGUUGGUGGACUUAAUACCGAGUGGCAUUUCCUGACCAGCUGCUAUGGAGCUGUGCCAUCAGCAGCCUUCAUACUGACUGUGACUUAGAUCUCAGAAUAACAUGGCUGAGGGUGGAGGUUUUGAGAUGGCUUUAAGUUGUAUUUCCCCACCCCCAUUCUUUGCUCCUCACCCCGCAAGUGCAAGAAAGCCCUUUGGCCAUGGCCCAGGUGCAGUGGCCGCUGCCAGUUACAGUGGCGCUGAUAGGCCUUGAACUGGGGACAAACGCAUGCGCGUCACUGUAAAUUAUGGCCAGCAGGUCUCCCUCGGCCCCUGCACCUGUUGCAGAUCUGUCACACAAGGCCGUCACAUUUUUCCUUUUAAAGAGGACGAAUAUUUGUUAGGGGUGUAACUGGAGAGGCAGGCACCGUCCCUCGGCCAUCCAGUGGCACCCACCCCUCAGCACAGCGCAGCGUGUGGAGGACGCUCUGGCUGGAUCAGGGCAGGAAGGAGCCUAGAAGCCUCGCAGCGGCCCCAGCCGCUCCCCGAGAAUGGACACACCUCUGGGAAGAAAAGGCCUGUGGCUCGUAGGUGCCGUGUGCCUCCUCUCGUCUUCCGUGCUCUGGCGCCUGUUCCGGUCGCUGAUGGCCCGGGGAGACCACAGGCAGGCUCCUGCGCUGGAGGAUGCACAGGCUAAGGAGGAGGCGUGGUCAGACCGUGAUCUGGGGGAGAGGCCACCUGCCAGCUGUGAGAGACCAGCAGCCCUCCCAGAAAGAUCUACCCAGAAGAAGCAGCUUUCUUCUGAAAAAGAAGAGGUUCAUAAACUCAACGUAGAAAACACCCAGAAGACCAACACCUCUCUCACGCAGAGAAGUUUUACCAUGUACCACUCAGAAAGCACAGAUGGUGGAGAAGACUUCGCUCCACGGACUCACACAGGGACAAGAGCGAAUAUGGAUGAAAAAGACUCUUCCGGCAGCCUGAACGGACAGGAGAAUAGUGGAGCUGGAGACCACAUGCAAGUUGCCAUGGAUCAAAAUGGAUGUCCAGUGUUCAAAGGAGAGAAAACUGGAUUUCAGGAAGACACUGGUGAAAGAGAAGCAGAGGAGACAGGAGAAUCAACAACUGCACAUGAAACAGUGCCAGACCAGUGCUUUAGCAAAGAGCAAAACGCUGAUAAAACUAACGGGGAUCAAUCCCGCGGAAGGUGUAUCAGCAGCACAAAGCCCAUUGCCACAUCACCAGUCCUGGGAAAUCCAGCAACAGAACUCGCUGUCCAGAAUGCGGACCAAAGCGAGUCCACCGGCUGCAGCAAGCGUAGAGUGACGGAGGAGGAGGAGUCCUUUGUCAACGAGGACAGCAAAAAGAGCAGAAUAGAUGUAGGGGGUGCAGGGGAAGAGCGAGCCUUGGAAAGGCCCCAGGAAGCCCUGCGAGCCCAGGCACGCUUACAGGGCAAGCCCCAGGAGGCCACCGGAACGAAGACCUCCAGGGAGCCAGACCCGGGAAGCCCACUGGAUGACAUCCUGGCUCCUGCUGCCCCGUUCGAUCAUCGCAUUGUGACAGCCAAGCAGGCGGCCGUCAACAGUUUCUAUACUGUGAGCAAGACAGAGGUUUUAGGAGGGGGGCGCUUUGGCCAGGUCCACAAGUGCGAAGAGAAAGCAACAGGUCUGAAGCUGGCCGCCAAAAUCAUUAAGACCAGAGGCGUGAAGGACAAGGAGGAAGUGAAGAACGAGAUCAGCGUCAUGAACCAGCUGGACCACGUGAACCUCAUUCAGCUCUACGAUGCCUUCGAGUCCAAGAAUGACAUCGUCCUGGUCCUGGAGUACGUGGAUGGCGGGGAACUGUUUGACCGCAUCAUUGAUGAAAACUACAACCUGACGGAGCUGGACACCAUCCUGUUUGUCAAGCAGAUAUGUGAGGGCAUCAGGCACAUGCAUCAGAUGUACAUUCUGCACUUGGACCUGAAGCCUGAGAAUAUCCUGUGUGUGAAUCGGGAUGCUAAGCAAAUAAAAAUUAUUGAUUUUGGAUUGGCAAGAAGAUACAAACCCAGGGAGAAGCUCAAGGUGAACUUUGGGACCCCAGAAUUUCUCGCCCCCGAAGUCGUGAACUAUGAUUUUGUUUCCUUUCCCACGGACAUGUGGAGUGUGGGGGUCAUCGCCUACAUGUUGCUCAGCGGUCUGUCGCCUUUCCUGGGAGACAACGACGCGGAGACGCUGAACAACAUCCUGGCCUGCAGGUGGGACCUGGAGGACGAGGAGUUCCAGGACGUCUCCGAGGAGGCGCGGGAGUUCAUCUCCAAGCUUCUGAUCAAGGAGAAGAGUUGGAGGAUAAGCGCGAGUGAAGCUCUCAAGCACCCUUGGUUGUCAGACCACAAGCUCCACGCCAGGCUCAGUGCCCAGAAAAAGAAGAAGCCGCAUUGCAGCUCUGAUUCCCAGAACCUGUGACCAAAGAGUCUACGGUGGAUGCCCGUUUGAAAGGAAAACGACUGUGGUUGCUGCUGCUUUGAGAAGAUUUUUGGAAAAAUCAGCAGUUCUGAUGCCUUGACCCCUGUGCUGACGGGUGGCCAAAGCUGGGGGGCCCUUUGAACUCGGACUUUGAGUGAUUCUCCAAGCUCAAGGGGGAUACCCAGCGCUGCAGCCUCCAGGGGCUCACAUAGCCCCCCACUCUUUGUUUUUCCUGGUUGACCCUCGUCGGUCGCUGGGGCAGGGCUGCAUCGUGUCUGCUGUUUCUCAGACUGCUGGGGAGAGAGCAUGGCUGGGGUUCUAACACCUGGAAGAUGUAUGGACAGGGAGCAAGUGGGGCCCCGUCACCACUCUGUGCCUUUCAAAGGGGUGUUUCGAUGGCCAGAAAGAGUCCUCUGUCUGGGACCCCGGGGACACUUGGUCUCUCGGACUUUCUUGAUCGAGCCUGGAAAGCGGCUGAAGCUGAUGGCGGCCCUUUGGCUUGCUGGUACACAAACCUUUCAGCUCCGAGCCCGGAGGCGGCAGCCUUUGGGUCUCCCAUUCAUCCUGAACCCUCCCGCGGUUGCUCAGGUUCCUUCCAAGUCGCUGUCCCUACUCUCAACUUCGUCCCGUGCCUUUUCACAGCGCACCUCCUGCCCUCUCCCAGCCGGCAGGCCAGCCGCACGGAACAGCCUGGUUUGAGAGGCGAAGCGACAGCUCUCUGCCUAUGGUGUCACUCUAGCGGCACCACCUCGGGGAGGGUGUGAGCAGCCUCGGGCAUGUCCUGAAGCCCUGUUGUCCCUGUGAAGGGACGGCUCAGCGCUUGGCGACCAGUGUGGGUGCCCCUGGGAAGUAGCCCUCCCGUUUCUAGGUAAACACAAAUGCUCACGGAGGCGCAUGUGACUCGGUGGCUGUGAUGAAGGAGCAGUCAGAAACCGAAGGCCAGAGGGACUCCCUGUUCAGUUCCCUUUUUGGACACCAGGAUGAUUUCCAGUCGGGAGCGUCAUGUCCUCCAGUUCAUGUACCAUUUCCCGACAGAUCUUUAAUGGGGAUGUGGGCUCUGCUGUGGCUGGUGAAUCGUGCACAGAAAGACACUGGGGCUUGUACAAAGGGAAACGGGCACCGUCUCCUUAGGAGGGAGAAACACGCAAGCCAGGCUGCACACUCCACCCACGCUCGCCACUGUGCGCUCUCCUUUUUCCGUGUCAGAUGGCUGCUGUGUUGAGAUCAGCUGCAACAAUGCCUUUCUGUGUAGCCUCCGGUCACUCUAGGCCACUGCUGUCCUGACAGCCAUGGGGGCAGCGAGAGUCUCUCGGUGGCCAUUUCACUGAGACCAGAUUCUGUUCGCCUCAGCUUUCCCUCAUUCCCUCCCACACCCACCUCACGAAUUCUUGCAGCCUGCCCAGGGUCAACUACACAGGCGCUGUCUUUAUUCUGUUCAAUGUAAAGGUAGAGAUAGAAGCGACAUGUGCAAUUCAGUGACAGCCACAUGCCAAUCUCGGGGUCACACGUACCCCUACAGAACCUACCCCUUCCCAGCCUUCGCACUUAUGCUAUGAUGCGUUUCGAUUUUUCAUUCUUCCCUUUGGCCGAUGCAUUUAUCCAAGGUUGGUUUCUCAUGUUCCUGUUAUGUGACUAUGCUUCAAAUAUUUAAUUUAGUGCCCUUCAAAAAACUCACACACACACACACACACACACACACACAGCCCCAGGACUGAAGUGUUGUAUUACUGUGCUAUCUUUAGCUAAUGCUGUUCAUUGAGUCUGGAAAAGUACAAGCCAGUGCCUGCGUUAAUACUCAGUCAGACCACAGAGCGCUGGCACGGACUCAAAUGCUGAAUAGGACACAAGGGUCUGAUUUGAAAUCUCUCAUGGAAGGGUGUUUUCUGUCCUGCCGUGGGGAUCCUCCACCCAAUCAAACAGGAAAUCUCUUGCGUGGUGUGCUGCUCACCUCCAGCUCUGUUCUGGCUCACGUGGGCAGACCAGCUUUCCCCAGGCCCUGCCACGCACGGGCUGCAUGGAAGAGGUAGCUUAGAAGGGGCUCUUUGUCAGAUUAAUCCACCGAUGGCCCUGCCAUGAGUGGGUGUGAGUUUUCCUUUUUCUCUUUGAGGUUUAGAAAGGAGACCGUACUUUGAAAACAGAUCUUGUUUGAAUUUGUAGUUAAAUUUCCACAUUUGGCUGGGAAGGCAUCCUUGUGCCAGCAGGGUGCCUUUUUAUGAGCGCUGAGGACGGUUCUCCUUGCACAGUUGGUGAUUACAGUCUAGGGUUUCGGCGAAAUGGGAGAUUAUCAGUCUCGGGUUCAUCCUGUCCCCUCGCUCCACACCCAUGAAUUGCUGCCGGUAUCUGGGCAGACUUGCUGCUCUGAUGGGAAAAGGGGGCUUUGCAAAGCCCAGGGAUCAAACCAGAUGUGAGCAUGGGCUCAGAGAAGCUGCGUCUGGCCGGACGGGGGCUGUAUCGUGCGUGAUCAGUUUUUCCAAGAAGUCGUCAGGGUUGGAGAGUGUAUUUCUCCUCCACCCUCUAACAGGGUGAUGCGGCUUUGCGCACGAGGGGCCACUGCCCACUGCCUGGAGAGAAAUAAACCCCACAAAUUAUUACGGAGAAAACAGGCCCACGUUCACUCAUUUAGAAGACACCAACACCUACCCAGAAUCUGGGAGGAAACAGGCUCCUGCCUCUAUUUCUUACAUUUUUUUUUAAAUUGUGGGAUUAUGUCCUGACCUAACUUGGGAACAGAUUUCGAGGUUGAGCUUGGGUAACACACAUCUGUAGAUGGCCGUGGAUUUGUUCUCAGCUGUUUUUGUGUCUGAUUUGAUAUUCAUUUGCUUUCCUUCCUUGAAGAUGUAAAUAAGCAUGCUGCCAUUGUCAGGGCUUAUGUGAAUAUGUUUUGAAAGAUGUGUGAAUACUUAUAUUUUCAUUCAUUUCAUGGAAAUUA